AUGUCAGGAAAGCUCUGGUCUAAGGCAAUUUUUGCUGGCUACAAGCGAGGCCUACGAAACCAGAGAGAACCCACAGCCCUUCUCAAAAUUGAAGGAGUCUAUGCCCGAGACGAAACUGAAUUCUACUUAGGCAAGAGAUGUGCCUAUGUGUACAAAGCAAAAAACAACACAGUAACUCCUGGUGGGAAACCCAACAGAACAAGAGUGAUUUGGGGGAAAGUUACUCGGGCUCAUGGAAAUAGUGGGGUGGUCCUAGCCAAGUUCAGAAGCAAUCUUCCUGCCAAGGCCAUUGGACACAGGACCCGAAUGAUGCUCUAUCCCUCAAGGAUCGAGAAUAUGAAAGUUGACUAA